GAUAGAUGCUAACAUAACCUAUAAGUCAAACAAAAUGUACUGCAAGUAUAAAAGCACGAAAACGUGCUAGUACAAAUAUACUGCAAGAUCGCAGAAAUAGGAUGGUUUUACAAAACGUUAGUAGUAAUUUAAUUAAAAGCGUUAGCAAUGUAUGUAUUAGACAAAAUGAAUGGACUAACAAUAAAUGUGCUCAAAGAUUAUACAUGGCAUUGCCACGGCUCACACCACAGGAGGUUACAGCAGUUUUACAAGCUAAUGAAUAUACCAAAGAAUUUGAUGAUCAAAACUCUAUAAAAUACUAUGAUUCAAAUCAGUUAGCCUCCAAUAAUCCUAUUGAAGAUACUCGAUCAGAGGCCCAAUGUUUACUUACAAAAGGAAUAUUAUUAGGUGUAUUUGAUGGUCAUGGAGGUGGUACAUGUGCACAAAUCAUUUCAAAGAGACUUUUUCAUUAUAUAUCAGCAUGUUUAUUACCUACAAAGUUAUUAAAACAAUAUCUCAACUCACUUAACUCCAACAAUAAAUUAGAACUUCUUCAAAUAUUCAAUGAUAAAGUGGAGUUUAUUUCUGAAAUUAGAAAUCUUUAUGAAGCAAGUUUUUUAAAUUUUGUCAAAGAUUUAGUAGAAAUGGAAUGUACAAAAGAAUUUCAAAUGGAAACAACUUUAGAGAAUGCAUUUCUCAGAUUAGAUAAUGACUUGUCGAACGAAGCACUUUUAAAUUUAGGUAAGAGCAGUACUGCUACAACUCUUGCUGUUGCAAUGUCCGGUGCUGUAGCAGCUGUUGCACAUAUAGAUGGUCCGCAUCUUCAUGUCACUGGAGUAGGUGAUUGUCAAGCAGUACUUGGCAUACUUUCUGAAGAUGAUGAUUGGUCUGCAAAAUUAAUGACAGUUGAGCACAAUACCGAUAAUCGUGCAGAAGUUGAAAGAAUUCUCUCGGAGCAUCCGUCAAAUGAAAAAUCAACUGUAAUUAAAAUGGAACGAUUACUUGGACAAUUAGCGCCUCUUCGUUCGUUGGGUGAUUUUCGUUACAAAUGGAAUAAAAAAAUCUUGAAGGAAGUAGUGGUACCAUAUUUUGGUGAAACAGCAAUUCCACCAAAUUAUCAUACUCCUCCAUACUUAACAGCAAAACCAGAAGUUAAAUACCAUAGGCUAACACCUAGAGAUAAAUUUCUUAUAAUAGCUAGUGAUGGUUUAUGGGAUUUAAUGUCACCGCUACAAGCUGUACGUUUAGUGGGUGAGCACAUGAGCGGAAAAGUAACAUUGAGCCCAUUAAGACUGCCUCGUAAAAAUAUGAAAUUGUCGGAAAUAAAUAAAAUGUUGUUGCAGCGUAAAGAGGGCUUGAAAAAGAAACCUCUUGAUAGUAAUGCAGCGACACACUUAUUGAGAAACGCACUCGGUGGUACUGAAUAUGGUAUAGAUCAUGUUAAAUUAUCACAAUUAUUAACACUACCAAAAGAAGUAGUACGAAUAUUUCGUGAUGAUAUUACAAUAACGGUUGCGUAUAUGAACUCUGAAUUUUUAAGACACUGCCCUCCGUGA